AAAUACAUGUUUUCACUAGGUUUCAGCUUAACAACAUGAUUGCGUAAAACCUACUUUGUAUUGAUGCACGAUCACCAACCGUUUUACCGAACCCACUAUUUUACGAAUUGUUCAGCGCUUCAUUGUAGGUUUUUUACAAUAUGUGGGCGGUAAAACAUUCCGUUUGUGCAGCAGUUCUCACCCGGCUUGUUUUGCUGUUGUAUGGAGAGUGGCAAGAUCGUACGAUGCAAGUGAAAUACACCGAUGUUGAUUACCACGUAUUUACUGAUGCUGCACGUUAUGUGACACAGGGUGAAUCCCCAUAUGAACGAGCCACAUACAGAUACACACCAUUGUUGGCAUGGUUACUGACUCCGAAUAUCUACCUGUCUUCAUCAUUUGGAAAAGUUGUCUUCAUCCUCUGUGAUGUCAUCACUGGUUAUCUCAUAUACUGUAUACUGACAUUGCGGAAAUGUCGCCAUGACACAGCGCAUAUUUCAUCACUCAUAUGGUUAUUCAAUCCACUGCCUAUGACUGUUUCCAGUCGUGGAAAUGCCGAGUCCAUCAUGUCUGCCUUAGUGUUACUCACAAUUUACUGUUUGAUGGUGAAAAAGACUAAGACAUCAGCGUUCUGCUAUGCCCUCUCGGUGCAUGUGAAGAUAUAUCCAGUCACAUAUGCUAUUCCAAUGUAUUUUAUUCUUAAUGGAGAUUUUAAUAUGGAAACACAAAAAAUAGAAACUGACAAUAAAAGGAAAAAAAGAACUAACCAUCAGAACUUUCUAAUGAAGAUUUUUUGGCCAAACAAAUUUCGAUUGCAGUUUGUGUUUGUCUCAGUGUUAACCUUUGUAAUUUCAACAUGGCUAGCAUACUAUUGGUAUGGAUUCAAAGCUAUACAAGAAACCUAUCUGUACCACAUCACUAGAAAAGAUAUUCGUCAUAACUUCUCUGUAUACUUCUACAUGUUAUAUUUGACUGCACAGUUGGACAUUUCGUCAUUUCUGGGAAUUCUUAGUUUUCUCCCACAGUUAAUUCUGCUUGUGGUGGCAUCUUUGAAAUAUUAUGAAGACAUUCCAUUCUGCUGUUUUGUUCAUACUUUCAUAUUUGUUACUUUUAACAAAGUGUGCACUUCUCAGGUAGGUAUUCUUAAUGACUCCGAUAAUAAAAUCACUGUCAACAAAUCAAAUCCCUUCUCUUCAUUUGUAUGA